GAGUGCCGCCACGCCAGGUGCCAGUAUGUGGGGAACCAGCGUCCGGUGAACGGUUUCUGGAGCCCCUGGAGCUCCUGGUCGGAGUGUAGCAGCGAGUGCGGGGUCGGGGUCAGACAGAGGUCAAGGGCGUGCGAUAACCCAGCCCAGCACAAUGUGCAAACAGACCUGUCAGUCCUUCUACACGGAUGAGGUGGUCACUAUCGACGUGGACGUCUCAGACGGUACCCCUUGCAGCUACACAGGGAAUAACAGCAACAUCUGUAUGAUGGGGAAAUGUCUGGAUGUGGGCUGUGACGGAAAGAUCAACUCUACCAAGCGCGCGGACCGCUGUGGGAUGUGUGAGGGAGAUGGCUCCGAGUGCAAGGUGGUGCAAGGAUACAUCGUGAAAAAAGCCAAGUCUCCCAUCGAGGACCCCCGCUACGGGAAGUUCGUCCUGAACGGAGACAAACGUCAGAGCAAGAGCAAACGUCUGGUCAUCAACGGAGCCAUGUUCUCCUACUUCCGGGGCAACAAGACUUUCGCAGAGAGCAUUACCUCCCCUGGCCCACUCUUGGCGAGACUGGAACUUCAGAUGUUCCCCAAAGGCGCGAAGGAAGAGUUCAACGUGAGCUUCAGCUACGUGGUGCACAAGUCUGACAACACGUACGAGAAGAACAUGUUUAAGUGGAAGUUUUCCCGCUGGUCGGAGUGUUCCGUCACCUGUGGUCAAGAACUCUACGGCAAGAACUGCAAAGACAUGUAUUCCUUCUGCAAGACCUACUCCGCUCUACGCUUCCGCUGUAAACGGUCCAGCUUCCGCCGGAAGUGCUGUCAGACGUGCAAGAACUCUGGGAGCGAGGCUAACCGACCAGCCCCGAAGAACGCCCUCGAACGCUACAUGAUGAAGCGACGUCUAGGCCGCUGGCGGUAGUCUCCCUUUGCAGAAAUUCUCAACCGGUGGUCGCAAAUCCGUUUCGGGCAGAUAUCUAUUUUACAGGCGAAAUCUCCACCCAGAAAGAAUGUUUAACCGACACUUUUGAAUGAUGAGAUUUAAUUUAUGAGAACUGACCAAUGAUCAAGUAUUAUCCAUUCAAAAAGUUUCAUGUAUAUAUUCUAUUGUAUUUUUCCCUUCCUUUUUAUGCCGUUGUUAAUUUAGCGCAACCGGCAUCUCUAAGGUAACGGUUAAGCUAUCUACCGUGAGUACGAUUCCCGAAGCGAGCUAAUUAUUUUGCGUUUCGUUCUGAAAUGGCUUUUCUGCUCCGAGAACAAUACACACGGAACGGUUUUUCAUCUGCUUUUGGGUUUUAAAGUCACAAACUUGAACUUCCGAAAUCUCAAAAGUACCUUAUAUGCAGAUAGAACUGUGUUAAUCUCAUACCACGGUUUGUAUAAAGUAUCUUUAUAGCCCUGGUUUUAUUCCAGUGUUAGUUUUCGGCUGAAUCCAAGCGUGAAGCUGAGAUCCAUUCUAUAGCUCUAAACCUGUUUUCUUUAUCCUAUAGGAUUGUUUAUGUCUCACACUCUCCAUUAGUGAGUUCCAUACUUUUUUUGUUGCUAAUUAAUAAAGUCACGGGGUUUUCUAAAACAUCUCCCUUUCCACAAGUCAUUCACAUUUGUGUAAUUCGAAAAAAAAAUGUUUUGCUUUUUAAUUUAGUGUUCGUUCAGUUGUCAGAGACGGGAGUCGAUUGGCAUAUUGUAUCCAGUAUUCCUCAUAUUUGUUCACUCUUCACAUUUAUUCAUGCUCGUCAGAAUCUUUGAGUAGUUAUUCCUCGUUGGCAGGUUCAGCACAGUUCUGAGCCAAGACCCAAGGGCGAGAGUAACAGCAACAACUGAUAGUAUGUUGCAAUUCUAUGCGAGAGAAUGAUUACAUUUAAUGUUUUGGCAAAACAAGCAUGUACUAGAGAAGUUACGUAAGAGAAACUUUUAGAAACUACAACAUCUAAAUCAAAAGAGCUGCAAAGUUGGCUUAUCGUAGAAAACUGUAUCGCCCCUCGACGCUCAAAGGCAACAGAGGAUAAAAAGAAUAUAUCGUUUAAAA